AUGCUUAACAUUGAUCCAAUUCACACUGUUAAUUGCGUUAUGGACACUAAAGAAUUGGAUGAUGGUGCUUUUUGGUUAUUUGUGGAUCCGUCUCCAUUUCUUUUUUGGCUUUCUUUUGUUGGUUUAUCUAUCGCGGGUAUUGGAUAUCUAGUUAUCCUCGUCAAAAUGGUUGCUCGUCGGAGACGGCGAGUAAUGCAGACGCCGGAAUUGUCGACUAUUUCAACCGCUAGUUUAGUACAAAAAGUGACGAGUCAGUCGAAGCUAGCAAGUCAAAUCGCUUUACGAUUCACCUCUUCAACUCAAUCAAUUCGUACGCUUAUACAAACUGAUCGAAUUUCUCGACGAUUUGCUCUUGGGAUGAAAUUGGGAGAUUUAGCUUUUGAAACGGUUUUGCUCAUUCAGAUUUUGGAGGCAGGAUCACCCGAACCGAUUAUUGCGAUUUUUACUUUUAUCAUCAUCUCAAACGCAUUGACAUGUGUCGUGACAAUGUUUAUCCCCUUGCAACGCAUUGGUCUAGUUGAGACGACUGUAGAUCUGCUAUUCGAUUUGCUUAUCGUCGUUGUUUGUCCGAUUCUCGUUCUGGUAUUUUGCAUGUCAGCCUUCACGUUUCCGCGAGAUAUAUACGCUAUUAACCACGAAGUGUUUCCACCUGGAUGGUUUGAACGACAAGCGAGUGUUGUAGCAGAUCCGGCGCAAACAGCAGUGAUUUACGAAAAUUUGAAAUCAAUCCGUAUUACCUCUGUCGUCAACUUUAUCGCUCGAAUGGCCGUGAACGUCACGCUUUAUAUGCGACUUCAUCGUAUGGUCAAUCUCAUUCCGUGGAGACAGCAAAGUUGCAUUUACCCACGUAAACAUCGGAUUGCUGCAUUAUUGUUGGUGGCCUAUGCCAUUUUAUUGGUCAUCUUUGUGGAAGAGAGCGUUCGGACGUCUGCGAUCGCGUGUGAUCCUCAUCCAGAAUGUGUUCUGCAUGCACGACGAUGGACGUAUUUGAAGUCUAACUCUUUGACACAAUGCCCUUGUUUAGUGAUGAUUGACCGUGAUGUCGCUCCAAAAACUUAUGACGAGUGGGAACAACCUUUAGAUGUGACUAAAAAGGUUGCUCAACUUGCGUCUAGAGGGGAUCUCAAGACUAUGCAAUUGACAAAUCGAUAUUUACCGACUUUACCUGAAGAACUUCGACGAUGUACAAAUUUAAUACAUUUAACGUUGGAGUACACGCACACUCAGACUUUACCCGAUUGGAUCAAGGAGUUGGCUAAUCUUGAAUUCUUACAUCUUGAGAGCAAAUUCACUAGUCCGUUUAUCAGUCUGCCGAAUGAUAUGUUUGAGGAUAUGACGUCAUUAACGUUUAUCCACCUUGCGGGUUUUGUUUCAAUAAAGCGACUUCCAUCAUUUCAAGGGCUCACAAAGCUGAAAUCACUUACGUUGGCUGCUUUUUUGCUGCUUGACCAAUUACCAGCUUUCGAUCAUCUCUUGCGACUUGAGCGACUAUUGGUAACAUGUGCACCGUCCCUUGACAGUCUUCCGGAUCUUGCUCCAGUUAAGAAGAAUCUUAAAUCAUUGAUAUUGACUGAUCGAGGGACAUGGUGUUGCAAUGGCUUUCUAGAUUCGUGUAAUCAACGGAGCCCAAUGUGUCAAAUUCAUCCUCUCUGGGGAACACCAGCAGCCUCGUGCUUAGCUUCAGAUCGCGAAAGAGCGAGUUCUGCAACAUUGGCUUUGCUGACAAAGUUUCCAACUAAUGUUUGCAAUGGUUUGUUACUUCCUGGAUCGUUAGAGGGUCCACCCACCCGCACAACGAUGGAUCCAUGCAAUGGCACGCUCUAUCGCCAAUGCAUCGAUGUUAACGGAGUCGAAUCCAUGUGCUACAAUGCAAGAUACAUGGGUAUCGCCUGCGAUUCAAACCCGUUUCCUAUCAAUAUGAGACGACGUCAGAUUGCUCAAAGUAUUGGGGAACCAUGUAACCCGCGAUAUGAGGCUUGGUUAGGAUGCGAGUCUAAUUCAUGA